GUUCCAUUGCAGCUUAUAGAAAACGUGGAAUGUCGGGAUAUUUUCCAGCUUCAUUUGACUUGCAAAGAUUGCAAAGUUAUCAGGUGCCAGUUCUCUACUUUUGAGCAAUGUCAAGAGUGGCUUAAGCGGCUGAACAAUGCUAUCCGCCCCCCUUCAAAGAUAGAGGAUCUUUUUUCCUUUGCUUACCAUGCCUGGUGUAUGGAGGUGUAUGCUAGUGAAAAGGAGCAACAUGGGGAUUUGUGCAGGCCAGGAGAACAUGUGACUUCGAGGUUCAAAAACGAGGUGGAACGGAUGGGUUUUGAUAUGAACAAUGCCUGGCGGAUCUCCAAUAUCAACGAGAAGUACAAGCUCUGCAGUAGCUACCCUCAAGAACUCAUCGUUCCUGUCUGGAUAACAGACAAAGAGCUGGAAAACGUGUCAGGUUUCCGAUCUUGGAAGCGCAUCCCUGUGGUGGUUUACAGGCACCAGAGCAAUGGGGCGGUCAUUUCUCGCUGUGGGCAGCCCGAGGUCAGCUGGUGGGGCUGGAGAAACGCUGACGACGAACAUCUUGUCCAGUCAGUGGCCAAAGCCUGUGCCUCCGAUUCCAAGUCAAGCAGCAGUAAGCUUGUGAAUGGGAACUGUCCGCGAGAGUUCUCCAGCGGGGGAGACUUCUCGGAUGCGGAGUUUGAUUCCUCCAUCUCCAAUGCUUCGGGAGCAGAAAGCUUAGCCAUCCAGCCUCAGAAGCUUUUGAUCUUAGAUGCACGAUCCUAUACAGCCGCAGUAGCAAACAGAGCCAAAGGAGGAGGCUGUGAAUGCCCAGAGUAUUAUCCGAACUGUGAAGUAGUGUUUAUGGGAAUGGCAAACAUCCACUCUAUUCGGAAGAGCUUUCAGUCGCUGCGUUUGCUCUGCACACAGAUGCCAGACCCGGGAAACUGGCUGUCAGCUCUGGAGAGCACCAAGUGGCUCCAGCACUUGUCUGUGCUUCUGAAAUCAGCCUUGCUGGUGGUCCACGCGGUGGACAGAGACCAGCGACCUGUCCUGGUCCACUGCUCGGAUGGAUGGGACCGAACCCCACAGAUCGUGGCUCUAUCCAAGCUGCUGCUGGAUCCCUAUUACAGGACCAUUGAGGGCUUCCAAGUGCUAGUGGAGACGGAGUGGCUGGAUUUUGGCCAUAAGUUUGCAGACCGCUGUGGCCACGGUGAGAAUUCAGAUGACCUCAACGAACGCUGCCCCGUGUUUCUGCAGUGGCUCGACACUGUCCAUCAGCUCCAGAGGCAGUUUCCCUGCUCUUUCGAGUUUAACGAAGCAUUCCUUGUCAAGCUGGUGCAACACACCUACUCCUGCCUCUUUGGUACAUUCCUGUGCAACAACGCGAAGGAGAGAGGCGAGAAGCACACCCAAGAAAGGACCUGUUCAGUUUGGUCCCUGCUGCGAGGAGGAAACAAAGCCUUCAAAAAUCUGCUUUACUCCUCCCAGUCUGAAUCUGUGCUGUAUCCUGUGUGCCACGUGCGCAACUUAAUGCUGUGGAGCGCAGUGUACUUGCCUUGUUCCUCACCUUCUACUCCUGUGGAUGACACCUGUGCCCCUUAUCCAGUCCCAGGUUCGAGCCCUGAGGAUCAGCCUCUGAGCAGGCUACCAAAGACCAGGUCCUUUGACAAUCUGACCACAGCCUGUGACAGCAGCAUACCAACCGCUAACCGGCGUAGUAGCGACCCCAGCCUCAAUGAGAAAUGGCAGGAGCAUCGCCGAUCCCUGGAGCUCAGCAGCCUUGGGAAUCCAGGAGACGAUCCCUUUGAUGGUGAAAGUUUGGGCAAGCAAGGCAGGAUCGCGGUUGGAGCAGAGCUUUCAGUAGCUGUGGCCGAAGGGCAGAUGGAAAACAUCUUGCAGGAAGCUACCAAAGAAGAAGGAAGCCUUGAGGAGAAUAUGAGGUAUAGUCAAGAAAGAGCAGGGAAGGAAGGAGAAGAGGAUCUCAUGCUAGAUAAGGAAAGCAGGACUGAACACCUGGGUGGUUCUGCUAAUAACAAUGUUUAUGAAAAGUCUGACAUGGAUGCAGAAACCGUAUUAGACAAUCCAGUUUCUAACCAACAGGUGGUAUCACAGGGUGCUUCUGAGCUUCAAGGACAAGAGGAUGAGCACCUGGCUGUCUCUCAUGCUGUCCAGAAGCCAACUCAGGGGAGAGAGCUACAACUUGGCUUUUUGGACAAUCCUGGAAAUAGUGAAGUUUCAAGAGAGGAGGAGGAGGAGGAGGAGGAGGAGGCGAGUGUUAGUAGAAGUUCAGCAGAAGUUGAAAAUGCUCCUGGUGCCGCCCAUCCCGUUCCAUCUUUACUUGUAGGACAUGAGGCAGGAACACCAAAUAUGGAGAGUUCAACAGAAACCUUAACAGAAGUAGGAGCCAGGGCAGAAUGGGCGCAGAACGUGUCUUCCCGUUUGCACCAUCCCAUGGACAACAGCAUUGAUGAACUUUCCCAGACUGUUGAGAAUAGGCUGGAGAGGGAGGGCUUGAUGGACCCACACAAGUUGGCAGCAGCUCUAAAUAGGACUCCUUAUAGCAGCAACCCUUCCCUGUGUGCCUUGCCUUUAGCUGACUAUAAAGAGGUCGUCUGUAACGGAGAUCUGGGAUCUGAGAACAAGACGACUGAGAGCCCUGUGGGGUUUGGUGCUCCUCAGAAAUACGCUGCACCCAAUGGGCACUGCAUGAAUGGAGAAGAAAGCAGGAUGAAAAUUCCCCUGAGCCGGCAAGUCUCCACCGCCAGCUGCAGUUCUACCCCACUGCAUCCACGGAGCCUGCAUCACAAAUGGGUUCACGCCAUUCCAGGCCGGCAGCAGACGGCGAGCAGCCCAGACCAGCCUGCCCGGAAUCAUCUGGAUGAUGAUGGGAUGCCGAUCUAUGCUGACAUCAUUCAGCAGCGCCUCCGCCAGAUCGAAAGUGGGCAUCAGCAGGAGGUGGAGAGCUUGAAGAAGCAGGUGCAGGAGCUGCGAAGCCGCCUGGAAAGCCAGUAUCUGAAUAGCUCGCUGCGCUUUAAUGGGGACUAUGGGGACGAAGUGACUUCAAUACCUGACUCGGAAAGCAAUCCGGAUCACAACUGUUUGUCUCGCUGCAGUACAGAGAUUUUCUCUGAAGCCAGCUGGGAGCAGGUGGAUAAACAGGACACAGAGGUGACACGGUGGCUUCCUGAUCACCUGGCUGCGCACUGUUACGGCUGUGACAGCGUCUUCUGGCUUGUCAGCAGAAAGCACCACUGCAGGAACCCUGAACACGUUGAUCAGACUUGGAAUUGUGGAAAUGUGUUUUGCUCCAGCUGCUGUAACCAGAAGGCACCGGUCCCCAGCCAACAACUCUUCGAACCCAGCCGGGUCUGCAAAACCUGCUACAGCAGCUUGCAUCCCAGUAGCUCCAGCCUCGACCUUGAACUGGACAAACCCAUUGCUGCCACCUCAAACUGAGGCUCCAGCCUGGAAGGAAAGCUGGGACAGGACAAAGCUGCCUUUGUCCCUUAAGGAGACACGCCAAUUCGUGGUGGACUGGAGGAGCUGUGCACUUUGGCGCUGGAAGUACAGGUUACUGCUCAGAGGGAGAGGAGGAUGGGUAGAUAGAUCCUGGCGGAGCAUUCCUUUCCCACUGUUACUUCCCGUUCCCUUGUCAUCCUCCUUAUGUACAUUUAGCGCGGAUUUUGCAGGAAGACUGUGGAAGGGGUCUAAGUCUGGAAUCUUCCUGAAGGCGUCGAACUGCCCUGCUGUCGAACUGCACUGCAGGCAGGCCGUUCUCCCUUGCCGAGAAGAGAGGAAGGCGAAUUGCCAGAGAGGUUGGGAAUACCUGGAGCGUUAGGACUAGGGCUUUCAGUCACUCCUGUUACUUCCCAGCAGCCCCUUGCUGUUUGGAGAGUUGUUGCUGCUAGAAGAAACGGAAACUGCCUUCUCAAAAGAACUCUCCCCCUCUCUGUUCUCAAGAGUGGGGCGGGUUAUUCCUGUUACACGAAUGCCCGGGGUUGAUUGGCAGAUCCCCACACUGGGCAGUUCUCAGCCAGCGCCGGCCAGCUCGUGGCCAAGAGCGGGAGGAGCCUGGGCCACUUGGCUAAAGAAGAUGCUUGCUUGCUCUGAGGGAAGUGAGAGGGGAAGGGGUUGUUUUAAACUGGCACCCCACUGUAAAAUUCUGUACAUCUGUUUUUAUUUUUAUUUUGUAAAGGAAUUGGUGCCUAGGCUUGACGGUAGCUUUUCAAAUGCCUCUCCUUGCCCCCAUUUUAAACCUAGUUUACACAGAAAGUAGAGCUGCUUCACUGCACUCAAUAGGCUGUGUGCAAAGUCAGAUGGCCUAAUGGCGUUGAGGUGUCCUUUUCACAAAACAACCCCAUAAAGCUAGAGUGCGAUGGUUUUACUUUGCUCUAUAGCUGGUUAGAAAAGAUGGGUUUGCUGGUGCCCCCAAAAUGAGGUAUUAGGCGAAUGUAUAACUUGGCCAGAACAAAUUUAAAAUGCUUUCCUUACAAUAAAUCAACUUUUUUAAUGUCACCCCAUCAACAUUUGAUAGAGUCCUCCUAUUUUUCUAAGUUUUAUAAUCCCCCCCUCUUUAAAAUAUACUCAGCUUAUGGUUUUGGAGGGGGAGGAAGAAUUCUAAUGUGUUUUGGAGAAUUUAUAGUCCAUGGUAAGAUGCCUGAAUACAUCCUCAGUAUCCUCCUUUCUCUUUUCCCCUCACCUGCUUUGUCUUGGAGAAUUUGGAUUGGGAAAUGCAAUUCCUUUCUGUGUCACCAUUUCAAACACCUUCCAUAUAAUGCCUUCUCUGUGACAUUAAUUUUUACACAUUACAGAUCUACACACUAUCCUUGAGCAUCAUGUGGGAAGUUCCCACACCCAGAACUGCCGUAAGUGCACAACCCUGGCAUGAAGCUCUGUCUAGCGUGCAAGAUCCAUAAAGAACAAGCUACAUAAUAAUGGGCAUAGAAUGAACGAGAAACACAACACACAGGCCGUUCUAAGCGUUUAUACUGUAAUAACUAGACUGGUCUUCUAAAGGGAAACUGUUUAGUGAACCUGUUGCCAAGGAGGAAAUAUAAAAGUGAGGCUGUCCAAACUCAUGUUUUAGAAGUUUUAGUCUUCAUACUGAUUUACAGAGGAAAGAUGUCGCCCGACUUCAUUCUCGAUGUUUCAGUUUUCCCAUGUUGUUUGUGAAAGCUGCAUGUGUUGUGUAGAACAAAAUAAUGCAGGGAAGGCAUUUGAGAAUGAGGAUCAAAGUUCCAGGAGUGUGUAGCCAGAGGCGUUGCAUCCCUAAUGCAGCCAGGGUGUACCUUCUUGGCACUCCUUGUUUUCUUCCAACUGGGAGAACCAGUACAAAAUUUCAAUGUGGCUUUUUAAUAAUGAAUGAAAUACUCGGGGAAAAUCAGCAGAGAUACACAGUUCCAGGUUGUGAAAGUGGAAACAGGUUACUGAAGUGUCAUACAGAAUGCUGGCUAAUCUAUACUUUUCCAAUAAAAUUGGUGUGUAGAGAGACAUUAAAAAAAAAAAAAGAAUAAUAAAGGGGAAUGGUAUUGUGUGAUGCACUGAGCCAGUGUGAUUUUAUGGUACAAACAGAUGAUGAAAAUAAGGUCUAAUGUUCAGCAAUUCAUACUAACAGGUGCCAAGAGGUUCCGAUACGGGUUUUGGGGGUCUGUGAUGUACAGUGUGAAUAAACGCUUGCAGCUCUUA